AUGGCGGACCAGCGAAAGAGUCUCACCGGUGUCUCUUGGGGGUUUGCAAGUGUUUCAAUCAUUGUCGUUUCCAUUCGGGUAUAUACCCGGGCGCUUUACACACGCCGUGCAGGAUGGGAUGAUUUCUUCAUUGCGCUCUCGUUGGUUAGUGCACUUGUUUGCUCUGCCCUGGUGCAGGUCGGCGUCUCCUAUGGAUUAGGCUUGCAUGCGACCGACAUCACAAACCCGGAAGCGAAAAUCCAAGCCUUCAAGUAUACCGUCAUUGCGCCGAACUUCUCAAUGGUCAGCACGACGACGGGGAAAAUCUCGGUCGUGAUUUUCUUACUGCGGCUGAUGGGUCCGACGGCUUCGGCGUGGCGACGAUGGUUCCUGUAUAUUUUGACGGUCAUCUCCAUCGGUAUGAACAUUCUGGCUGUCAUUGUUGUUAUAGGAUUCUGUAGACCGGCGGAGAAGAUCUGGCGGCCGGAAACACCUGGUUCUUGCUUCAGUUUGCAAUUGCAGUUGGUGGCUGGAACGGCUCAAGCUUGUGAGUGGAAGGUAUUGUGUUGGAAAUAA